AUGAGUGCACCCAAGAGAGCUCGCAAGAACCCACCCAAAGCCUCCAAGGCUGCAGCCAGCGCCAACGAUGUGCCCCUCGAGCCGGCCGCUCCCUCCGUCAAAAUCUCCACCCUCACACUGCCCCUCUGCCGCUCCAUCCUCACUGAACUCUCCGCGCUCAACUCGGAGAACGCCAGCAUCAUCGCAGAUCGGGUCGCGGCGCAUACCGCCACGGAAGCAGCCAAGGCCUUCGACUACAAACCCAUCUUUACCAAGCUCAACAAGGAGCUCCGGCAGGGGUACAAGCGGGCGAAAAACCGCUAUUACUACGUCGACGAGGUGCACGAGGCGGCCGGGCAGGCGUGGAACGAGAUCAAGAAGGCGUGUCCUGAAUCCAGCGGGUACGAGAGCCAUAUCUCUUGUUUUGAAGCAUUGUGCGGGAUUGCGGAGAUUGUGAAUAAGGAGGACGUGGCGGAUGGACUGCAGAAUGGCGAGUUCCAGAACUAUCUGUCGGAGGAUAUGUUCAAAAUAUUGGAUAGGGUACAGGUCAAGAAGGAGGAUAUGACGCGAUUGAUGAAGAGGGUCAAGGAGAUUGAUCAGAGUGCCGAACGUUCUGAUUAUGAGGAGCUGUUGCAGAAGAUGAAGGCGAAGACGGCCAAGGAUAAGAAGACGGCUGCGAAGGAUUAG